AUGGGGAAGCCCAAGGCCAGGCCUUUAACCAAGCAGGCGGGCACAGGGACGUGGGCCGCUACUCGGCCAGGAUCCAACUCAACCGGCCGUCCAUCCAGCGUAGCACGGAUGCGGCAGCUGGCACUACAUCCCCCGCGGGGCCUUCGAGGCGGCAAGAGCAAGCCGCCUCAGCGCAGCGGGGCCAGGCCCCAAGGCAGCGCCAGGGGAGUCCGUCACCAGCCCAACCAAAGGCAGCAUCUCCAGCAUCUGCAUCGCCGCUGCCACACCCUCCUCCUGUUCCUGUGCCAGCAGUACCGGAGGCACCUCCCCAGGACGUAUCUGCCGCAGCUGGAAAAGGUGCAGCUGGUCGAGGACCAUUGCCAGCAACGUCAGGCAAGUCCCAACGUGCCCAACGCGCUGCGCGACGCGGACCGGCAGGUGGAGGACGAGACGAUGGUGGGGUUGAUGGAGGGGGCGACUGCAUAUUUGGAGCCUCCUCCGCCCUCACAUACCCCAUCACCUCCCACGGGAUUGGGAUGCGCCUCCUGCCAAGAAACAGCUGCGGGCAUUUCAACGGUGCCGGCGACGGAGCAGCCGAUGAGGAGGGCUGAGGCGCGGGAGACGCCGAGGGGUGAGGCGACGGCGGCUGCGGUGGAAGGGGGAAGCAUCGCAGCGGCGUCUGCAUCGGCUAGGGCUGUGGAGGAGGCCACGGAGGCGCCAGCGGAGGCUAUGAUGGCAUUGAGGCUGGCUGGCGGAUCUGCCGCCGCUUUUUGGCGGCGGCUCAACUUCACCCUUUGCCAACCUCCUGGGGGCACAACUGCAGACGCCGGAGCUGGGCCAGGCGGUGGAUCAGGAACCGACAGAGGUGGUGGCGUUGUCUGCGUCACCGGCGCCGGUAACGGAAGUGCGACCAGGCGGCGAGCGGAAGUGCGACCAGGCAGGAGUGCGACCAGGCGGGAGUGCGACCAGGCGGCGAGCGGAAGUGCGACCAGGCGGCGAGCGGAAGACGAGGUCGUGGGACCGGCGCCCCUGGGCGCGUCGCUCGCGGAAGAGGCGGGAGGAUCCGAGCCCAACCAGCGCCAAGGUGGCCCGGAGCAGGGCUAG